AUGGCCGCGGCCGAUGUUCGCGACAUGCUGGAUUUGCCCGCGGAAGGGCAGCCCAGACCGCACAAGAAACAGAAGGUCGUCGAGAAGCGACCAGAGGGUAUUACCCGUGAAUUGUACGCGCUACUGGGCGAAAGGGCGCCACCAAUCGCCAUCAAUGAGAACAAAUACAAGGGCCGUCCGAAAUGGAUGAACAAGCUGCGCGUUCGACCAUGGAGCAUGGCACCGUUCACGAACAAUGCCCGUUCUGACGGUUUGGUUUUGAACCACUGGCAGAGAAAGCACGAAUCGGCGCGACCGCCUGUACCCUCGCCUGCGCCCGCGCCCGAAGAGUCUCAAAUGGAGGUGGAUCAGCCCAAGGAAGAAGAGAAAGAGGACGUACCGAAACCGCCAGAACAGGAAUAUGCCUUCGCCAAGUACAACGUCAAACCGCGUUUGCCCAAUCGAUACACAGAUGACGAGUACAAUCGACAUCUCAAAAGUGACGACUGGUCGCGCGAGGAAACGGACUAUCUAGUGGACCUCGUCACUGAUUACGACAUUCGCUGGGUGCUCAUCGCAGAUCGCUACGACUACCAACCACGAAUGGACACACAGCCGGAUUCGAAUGCGCUUGUGCCCGCCAAGCUCCAUCGAACAAUGGAGCAGAUGAAGGCUCGAUACUAUUUCAUUGCUGCAACAAUGCUCUCACUAGAGCACCCACCCUCAGAGAUGUCCGAGGCCGAGUUCGAAUUACAUGAGAAGAUGCUCAAGUUUGACCCGGACCGAGAGCGUGAUCGCAAAGAACUAGCCGCUCUCCAGCUCAAUCGCACAGCCGAUGAGGUCCGCGAGGAGGCAAUGCUACUUGAAGAAUUGAAACGCAUCACAAGUAACGAGCAAAAUUUCAUCACCGAACGCCGAGAACUCUACUCUCGCCUCGAGGUUCCCAUCAGCGUCGGCAACACCACGAUGUAUCAGUCCAGCGCGGGUCUUUCCCAGCUCCUGCAGACUCUACUACAAGCCGACAAGAGCAAGAAACGCCGGUCCAUCCUCGGCGACGGUGCCAUCCCAAGUCCUGCUGGUCAGACUCCAAGCACUGCGGGUGGCCUAGGCCGAGCCGAGACCCCCGUCACACAAGCCGGAAACAAGAAGGGAUCUAUCACAUCGAAGGAAACAGGUCAGAUGGUACGCACGCUCACCACGGCAGAGGAAGCCAAGUACGGUGUCCAGCACCACGAGCGUGUCUCAGCAGGUGUGCAGUUCCGCAGCGAUCGUGCCCAGCGACUCACACAGGCCAAGUCCAACGUGCAAACUCAGAAGCUGGCCAAUGCUCUAGCUGAGCUCGAGAUUCCGGUGCGCUUGUUCAUGCCCACCGAACGCGUAUGCAAGGAUUUCGAGAAACUCAUUCAGUCUGUCAACAUGCUCCUCGAUGCUCGCAAAGUGUCUGAGAAGGUUGAAAGUGAAAUCCGUGUACUCGAAGCCGCGAAGAUGGAGCGUGAGCGCAAAUCGCGAGAAGCUGCUGGUAUCUCGGGGCCAAGUGCUGACCCCGAACAUCCCCAUGUGAAAAAGGAAACUGAAGACGGUGACACCGGCCUUUUGGGCCAUUCUACUGCCUCACACGGCAAUGGUGCCGCGCACCAGUCCCGUGCUCAAGAAGGGGAUGGUAAUCACAAGCGGUCUGCAAGUGUGCUCAGUGGCGCAAGCGACAAGAGUAACAAGCGGCAGAAGAGAUAG